AUGGAGAAACAGCCAAAGCGGGAGCGAAGCAGAGUUGCACAGCGAGAAUAUCGCAAGCGACAUGCUUCCAAGUUUAAUACUCUCAAAGACGAGAAUCAGAGGUUGAGAAAUGCUCUCAAGAGGGUAGAGAAACUUGCACAGAAACGAGGCAAAAAAGAUCAAGAACUGGAGACUGCCCUUGCAGAAGCGAGAGAAACUGUUGGAUCAGACGACAAUAGCGACGAAAAUGGCCAGCCAGCUAGUUCUAUCUCAUCAGGAGCCUCGGAUCCUAUAACCGAGGGAACCACUGACAUCACCGGGCUGUUGUCUUCCGAUAUCCAUUUACACACACAAGCACAAGACAUCACACAAAGGUUGAGUCUCGCACAACAACUGUGGACAGACACCGAUCACUUGGCUCGCAUCUUUGAAGCCCCUUCAGACGCGCGCAGAUAUCUCGGAGAUGGCCUCUACACCUUUGCAGGAACCCUAUACUGGGCAUGCACAAGAAACACUGUUUCACUAUGGGAGACUUACAAGCUCAACAUGCUGGGCAGACCCGGCCCACCAGACACAAACCCCAUGGACAGACUCUUCAACCACACCAAACAUCUCACCGACCGACGAUUCAUGCUUUCCCUCGCCCUAGCUCGUCUAGAGUACAAGCAAAAAGGAUUCAUCGAACAACCCCACGCAGGCACAGAAAUGGUGUACAAAUCAGUCCUACCUGAACUGCGCAAAAAGAUGGAGCAGGAACUCGCAGACAAAGGCCAAGGGCUGGAAUGGUGGAAAACGCCGCGAGAGGUCGAAAGUCAUCUUAUGAAGUACCUUGAACCUUCAGAGGUUGAUGAGUUACAAGCUCUCAUUGAGGGAAGAGGAUCAGCGGCUGUUUUGACAAAGUAUAAACCUUUGGUGGAGAUGAUGAUUGAUGAGUUUGUUUGCUUUCCUGAUGGUCCGAGAUGGAAUCUUUUGUACGUUGCUAUGGCUGUUGGGAGUUGGCGGAGUGAUCAUCCUAAACCUUCGGAGAUGGUCAAGAUUCAACCCCUGCAAAGACCCCUGUGGAUCUCCCCGCCGCUGCCCCAGCGACCACUAAAGCUUCCUUUGGAGCUACACCACCCAAACAUACAAGCUCCAACAAAUAUCCAUCAUCUCGAACCUCACUCCCAUCGCUUCAAGAUGGCCAACACUAACGAUCUAGGCGCCCGCCUAGCUUCGGUCCUUCCCAAAGACCACAAAUUUACAACCUUACACAUUUCAACACCUCCCACCAAAACAGACCCUCUCUACUCGCCGCCUCCAGACGAGCGUCCCGAACGAACAUACUGCGAAAACCAUUUCCUAGCUGUUUCCAUCGAUGCCCCCAACGAGCCUGGCAAACAAGUCCUAGUCCUUGGAAUUGAGGUCUUUAUAUAUACUACAGCUCGAUCAACAACCUUGUUUGUUUCAAAAGCCGACUCGACUGGUUAUCUCGCCCUUCUUAACCUUCCCAAGGGAACACCCAGUCCUAUUCGCGAAAUAUGCGCUACGUUUGUUGGAUUCCUGGUCGAGAAGCGGAGGAGGAAGGGUAUACAAUUCGUCGUUAAUUUGUUCGCGCGUGCUCAAGAUCAAUACUUGUUCCCCGGUAGUGUCGACAACAAGGGCAAACAUGUCCUCGACGAUCGUGGCCUUAUCAAAUGGUGGUGUCGCGUGCUAGAUCCCCUCCUCGGCCCAGCGCCAAAAUCUGCAGAAGCACCAUGGAAGAGCGCAAAUGGAUACAUCGUUGUUCCCGGAUUAGAAACAUACGAGACCCGAGCUCUCACACCGCGAAAAGCCGAUUCUGCGUGGGAGUUUACGCAUCCCUUGGAACGCAUAUCACAUUACUAUCGCGAAUUCGACUGGGUACCGCCACGAUGUCUUAUCCCCCAUUUUCCCGACGAUCCAAAGUCCAGAUUCCGAGACGAAUUAGACGAAGAAGCCGCUAGCUCGCAAGCGAUGAAGAAUCAGGGUAGUUGGAAGAGUGUCAAGACACUCGACAUGUUCUGGGAAAUGAUGGCGUACAGGCAAGAGUGCUCGAGUGGCCGUAUGACGGGCUUCAUCUGGCUUGUCUUUGAUGAUCAAGAACCAGCCUCAAAACUCGAAGAUUCCCAAUCAACAGCUCCGCCAGAAACACCAAAGAAGCAGCGCAUCGUGCAAAUAACACCAACCACAACGCCUCGAAAACUCUUCCCUUCCAAAGAGAAGAAAGAUUCCAAGAUUAAGAAAAAGACCAAAAAGACUCUCAAAGGUCCCAUCAUCGCUCGUGCCCCGCGCAUCAAGCGAGCAAAGCACAAUUAUCUACUCGAUCGUCCCGCCAACACAAAAUACUACUCUUGGGCACCUCAAGGUCGUGGUGAAAAGAUUUUUGAUGAAGCAUCCUACAAGCGCAUUGUAGGUUUACUGCUACACCUCGAUUUUGCAACACUCAAUAAAGCAGUGGGUAGUACUCGUCGCUGGUUGAGUGAGGGCGGAGGAGGUGGUAAAUGGGGUGUUGUCGUUGUUGGUACACGCGAGACACCUGUUCCUGUCUCUAAUGACAAUACCGGGGUGAACAACUUGACUGGUCUUGUCAAGAGAAAGCGUACUGAUUCGACGGUUGACGAUAACCAGAGUAAGGUUAAUGUCCUUAGUGCUGGUCUCGUCAAGAAGAAGCCAAAGGAAGAAGUGAAUGUUCUCCCUACGGGUCUUAUUAGAAAGAAGCCCAAGGAGUGA